UGGACGACACUUCACGAACAGAGUAUAUGUUUUGUUAUUCCAAUAAUACAAUUGAAAUACGAAGUUGGUACCGAUUCCAAUAAACUCGUGUCGGCUUAUGCAAUGUUCUUCAAAGAACGUCAGACUUAUGUGAAGAAGUCAUUCCCACACGCAACAUUUGGCGACAUUUCAAGGAUCGUGGCCGCCCAAUGGGACGCACUCGAAAAACAUGAGAAAAUAGUAAGUCAUUUGCUCGUGAUGACGAACAUUCGUGGAUAA